CGCCGAGCCAUCUCCGCGCUUGCGUCGAACAAAAACCGCUCUCAGUGCACACGCCGCACGUGUGCGCAGCGCUGUGAAACCGUGAAACCCGCCCGCCAAUCAGUGAUAAGUUGUUCUGUGAAUUCUGUGAAACUUGGUUACACUGUCUGUGCUCACCUCCCUGCUCCAUCCGUGGAUUUCUGUUAAACUUUCUAUAUUGUUGUCGAGUCGCCAUGGCCUGAAGACCCUUCAACACCAGGUUCAUCCAUGCAACCUUCGCACACCAUGUAUAGAUGAAAUUAUGCCAUUAAAAUUGAAUGGAAGGAACAUCAGCAGGAGGAGGCCUCAACACGUUUGAAGCUCCGAGCUCGUACGUAUUGACGAAAUAUGUCUUCUAAACGGAAGUCUCCACCGUCGAAACUAUCAGAAGGCAGUGGACCAGUGAGCGGUGCGGACGGUGAAGAGACGACUCUAGGAGGCGGAGAAGUAGAGACGCCCCAACAGGCCCCCAUGGAGGCACUAGCCGCGUCCCCACGGGGCGACCUCGCCUACUACAAGAUGUCCUCGAGGUCCUCUUCGGCCAGUGAGCCGGAGGAGCACCGGACCUCGCCCGCCCAGCAGGCCCCAGACGCGCCAGCAGGCCCGCCCUCCAUGUUCUACAAGUUAUCCUCGACCUCGUCCUCCUCCGGAGCGUCGGGAAGCGAGGAAGAGAUGUUGGGUCCCGAGGACGAACUGUUGAGGUCCCCUCCGAACAAGCGCAAGCGGGAGGACCUCCCCGAGAACUGUACCGGGAGUGUGAACGCGGAAGAGUGCGCGAGGUACUACCAAAUGAACUCUAUCCCGAAGCCGGUGAUGACGCCGAGUUCGCUGCAAGCGCUGUUGUCGCUGAACCAGAGCGGGUACCUGGAGCCCGGUCACCGCAGACGGAAGAGCGGCUGUCAGUCGCCCUCGGAGGCCGACAAGAAGGCUCUCCUCCACCUCAACAACAACAGCACGACACUCAACCACAACAGUCACCAGCCCAAGCGGACCAUGGACGAUGUCCUCAAGAGACUCACCUCCAAGAUGAACAGCAGCACGAUACGAGAGGAGCGCCGGUCCGGGUCGCCGCCCAAGCUGGGGAUGGACGGAGAAGAAGGCAGUCUCCAGAACCUUGCUGCCAAGCUGCAGUACGAGAUACUACGAGAACACCACCAACUCUCCGAGAACAGGAGGCUGGAAGGCGAUAAUGGAGAGCACAACGUGACGGCGCUACUCCAACUCCAGAGCCUCACUGGAGACAAUUUCCUGGAGAAGGAGAGGCGGUUGUCGGAGAUGAUCCUUCAACUGCAGAUGGUACGGGAGCAACUUCUUAGUCAGCAAGAGCAACAGAAUAAGGCCGCAUACGUGAACGCAGAAACACAGAAGCAGAUGGAACUUCAACAGAGGCUUCAGCAGGAGCACUUGAAGCGACAACAGGAGCAUAUACUUCAACAACAACACAAGAUACAGGAACUUCAGAGUCAAAUAUCCUGCCAGUAUCCUGGAGGAAAGGGUUUGAACCUCGGCGCUCCUCAAUCCCUCAUGUUUUUGCCGUUUCUGGACCAGUUACGGAGCAGUGUGGCCACCUCGACAGCUCCCACAAACACUACCUCCUCUGCUUCUCCAAUGGUGCCGCCUACAGCCAGCUGGGUGACGACAGCCCCGCCAGUGCGCUCCCCGCCAGUGACACCUCCGGCACCACCAGCCCCCCCAGCAGAUCCCGAUGCCCCCCUCAACCUCACGAAGCCCAAGCACAGCCCUCGUGCUCCUAGCCAGCCUGAACCAGUACACCACGUACCAGAACCGCCCUUGGGUCCUAUGGCAGCCACCGCCCCCAAGCUUCUGCCCCCCAGUCUGGUCAUGCCUCGGGCCUUCCUGCAUUACGCAGGUCUGCCACCUCACGUCAACCCCACAGGAAAGCUGAGCAUGUCUCCUGGAAAGGAUGGCGACAAACUUCCUCCUUAUCCCAACCUCCAUCUGUACCCCCCUCACCAUCCCCCUCCACCUAUCAGAGAAGACGUCAAGGAUGAGGCAGACUUCAUGGCUGCAUGCCACAUGUGGGGACCAGAUCCAACGUACAAGAUGCAAGAUGACUCCAGUGACAAAGCAAAGAUGGUGAGACAGCAGAAACGAGACGGAGAGAGCAAACCUCACAUUAAGCGGCCGAUGAACGCUUUCAUGGUGUGGGCAAAGGACGAACGGAGGAAGAUUCUCAAGGCCUGUCCCGACAUGCACAACUCCAACAUUUCCAAGAUAUUAGGGGCACGCUGGAAGGCGAUGUCGAACGCUGAGAAGCAGCCCUUCUAUGAGGAGCAGAGUCGCUUGUCAAAGCUGCACAUGGAGAAGCACCCGGACUACCGCUAUCGGCCACGACCCAAGCGCACCUGCAUUGUGGACGGGAAGAAGAUGCGUAUCUCUGAGUACAAGACACUGAUGCGGCAGAGGCGCAAUGAGAUGCGACAGCUGUGGUGCCGGGGAGAGCCAGGACCCUCUGGUGGUCCGGGACCCAGCUUCGGAUUUCCCCCCGACGGCUCCCUGUCCCCCUCCGAGAUGCUCAACUUUACCCCCGACCACUCCCCCAGCUCUGGACUCCAUGACGAUGACUGAGCGAGAGAGACACUUGAGACCCGACUGAGCUCGGUGUGUGGCGAUGACUACCUGAAGAGCAAACAAAACUAUGGACUAAUUUGGGAUGAUUCGGGCAGGAAGCAACCACAUGUACAUAUAACUCAUGAGUCAUAGUGAAUAAUGAAAAAAAAAAACAGCACCUAGCAAGGCACUUUUAUUUGUUGUCCACUACAGUGGAAUCAAAGUGACUUUGACCAUUCAAUUUCCUUGUUCAAUCACAAAUUAAAACCCAGGUUGCUUUCUAACGAAUCACAUACCAACGUUUUCAGAUCUGUAUUUUAUUAUAAAUUCAUUUUCAUUUUCAAGCACUGCAAAUCAUGGAGGGGGAAGGUGUAACAUUUCUUUUAUGGUUUUAGUUUUACACUUUUGGUUGUAAUUCGUAUCACGAAACUGAUAAUAAUUUCAUAUUAAAUAGAAUCUUAUAUAAAAAACCAUUGUAAUCAAAUUACGUUUAGUAGACUCUGUUUGAUGUAAAUAGUGUUCCGACCAGCUCCCACUUGAUAGGCUAAUCAUUCCGCAUCGCCGCGCAGAGCUACAGUCGGGUAUUUCCGUGAACGACCCAAGACUGAAUAUCUCAGACUCAUAGGUACAAAUAUAUUUACUGAACGCUAUAGUGAAGUGAUCUAGUGGACAGUUGUGAAAACUAGUCUAGCAUUUAUUUAUUGUUUUUAUAGUGACAAACUCUUAAACAAGUGACACGUUCUAUAGUUGAUUGUUCAAUAGUUCACAAUUUACAAGGACAUUUACCUCAUGACUGUUUGAAGUACCGUUUCAGUUCACCACUGAAUUGGUAUUUAUUUAGAUUAAUAGACCUUUUCGACAUACUUAACUGAUUUUAAAAUACACCUUAUGAAAAAUUGUACUUAAAUUUACAAUGUAUCCACAUGCAAUGUUCAAUUUAAAAAGUGAAAUUAUUUUGGUACUCCAUUUAAUAACGUUAAUUUUCAUGUUGCUUUACAUUUUUUAUAUGAGUGUUUGAAUCUGCUAUGGUAGACUGUAUUACUAUAAUUGAAGAGAUUAUAACUUUGUCCAUAAGAACCAAAUUUAACAAUGGCACAUAUUUCCACACAUUGUAUCGCCAUUUUCUGUACUGUUUCCAACUACUCACAAUUUUGUUGGAUGACAAACGUGCCAGUAUCGGAAGAAUCCAACAGUGUUGCUCGUACCGUAGAGGGGUGCCAUGGUAGAUAAAGUGUAUAUACUGUAUAACAUAAGAUCUCACGCUAGCGUUAUGACAUGAGAACUAUAUUUGUUAGAUUCUGUGUUCGGCCAGUGCGUUUCUCGGCCGUAAUUCUGUGCAUACCAAAGUAUUUACUAAAUUGUUUUUGUUAUUUAUUCAAGUUUUGUAAAUGUGAAUGCAUGUUAUAGUUUUUUAUUUUAUAUCAUUUUUUGUAAUACAUUCUUUUUGUUAAAUAUUUGCAUCAAGAUAUUUGCACACCUUGAAAUAAGCUUUAUAGUUUCUAGGGUUGGGUUUUCAAGUAAGUAUUACGAAUAAAGCUUAAGUUGUAAUUAAGAUGAACAAAUUAUGUUUUUUGGAACAGUGUUGUUUGUUAGUUCUCUUUCUAUUUACUUGUGUAGAUAUGUUUGGUGCAUAAUAUUAUCAAAAUGAAUGGUGUUAUCGCGUUUACUUUGUGUAUAUGUAAAUAGAAGAGCUCUCUCUGUGCCAUCAGCUGUGAUGACCGUUUGUUGAUAUUUUUUUAAUUGUUUAGCUAGUUUUACAAAUGCUCUAUUGAUAUUUAUUUAAGGCCAAUGUAACUUUAGGACUUUGGUAAAACUGUAGUUUAGUUUUUAGAGAAAAUCUCACAGUACAAGAUUGUCAAGUCAAAUUUGCCAUAUUUUGUCCAAGAACAUCACAUUGAUUUAAAACAAAAAUUGUAUUAGUUUGAAGAGAAUAAAUAACGUAUUAAAAUUAGGAAAUGUUUGAAUCUGAUUUUUAAAUACCAUAUUGUCAUUUCAUACUUUUAGUAAAUUAAGCAAACUAGUUAAGAUUUAAAUCUGUAAAUGUUUAAAGACGCAUUCACUCUAUAAAAGUAACUGUUGAAAAUUAUUUAAAUUGUGAUCUAAUUUGUAUGAAAAACUAUGUCUACAUAUUAAAGUGAUGAAAGAUUCGUUCAAAAUAUCUGUGCCAUAAAAUAAUUUUGGAUAUUUGAUCCAUUAUAGGCCUCUUGAAGUUCUGUUGUUUACUCUUUUUUGAUUAUUUUUCGUGUAGUUAAUCUUUUUACAAGUUUUAUGCAUUCUCUUAGGAAUACUAGAUUGAUGAUAUUUUCAACUGAAAGCAAGUCUGAAUUUUAUUCAUGACCAUUAAGUAUGAGAUUUACAUGUGUGAAUUACUCAAUAAGCUGUGUUCAUAGCAAUGUAGAAAAUAAAGUCGUUUAAAAUUACAAAAUUCAUUUAAAGUUCCCAAAGAUAAAAAAAACUAAAAAUAAUCUGCCACUGAUCAUUCGAUUAAAACAUAAUCAGAGACAUUAAAGUGUGAAUAUUUGUCUUUUAUUGUUUGUUUGUAGUCAGAUUAUUAUUUAGAGAGUUCAAAAUUUCAGUGAAA